ACGAUGUGCAGCUGCAGAGUACAGAUCAGAAGGGAGGGCCUGGGGUUUAAAUAAGCCGGAAUAGAUAGCUGCAGUUGCAUUCACCGAGCCAGGACUCUCUAGAUGGAUGGAAAGCUGUUUAGAGAGCACAAAGCAGGGACUCUCACAAUGUUUGAAGUACUCCUGGCAAGCAUCCUUAGUGCUCUGCUGGGUACAGCCUUUGCCCACCCUCAGUGCCUGGAUUUUAAGCCCCCUUUUCGCCCACCGCAGGAGUUGUCUUUCUGUGUACAGUAUAAGGAUUUUGGCUGCUGUGACUCUGUAAGGGAUGGCGAGAUCAUGCAGAAUUUCUAUCGUGUCCUCAGCCACUUUGACCAGUCGGGGUACGAGAGCUGCGCUGCCCAUGUACAGGACAUUCUUUGCCAGGAAUGUUCCCCAUAUGCUGCACAUUUAUUUGAUGCAGAAGAUCCCUCUACUCCUGUUAGGACCAUUGCAGGCCUCUGUGAAGAUUACUGCUGGGGUGUGUGGCAGACCUGUAGGUCCAUUUUCCAGUACCUAACAACUGAUAAAGAGCUCUUAGCUUUGGAAAGCAACAAGGCAAAAUUCUGCAGGCACUUAGCCCUAGAGGACACAGACUAUUGCUUUCCUCGCCUGCUAGCCAAUUCCAACCUCAACCAGAACCUUGGCUUGGUGACAGCUGAUGCAGAGGGCUGCCUGCAGUUGUGUCUUCAAGAAGUAGCAAAUGGACUAAGAAAUCCUGUUGCAAUGGUGCAUGCAAAUGAUGGAACACACAGAUUCUUUGUGGCAGAACAAGUGGGUUUAGUAUGGACCUAUCUGCACAACAAAUCCAAGCUAGCAACUCCAUUUCUCAACAUCUCAAAGGCUGUACUGACCUCACCCUGGGAAGGAGAUGAACGCGGGUUUCUAGGAAUUGUUUUGCACCCACACUUCAAACACAAUGGCAAAGUCUAUGUUUACUAUUCAGUGGAAAUUGGCUUUGAUGAGAUUAUAAGAAUAAGUGAGUUCAGAGUUUCCGCUCAUGAUAUGAACACGGUUGACCACGGAUCAGAACGGAUCAUUCUGGAAGUGGAGGAACCAGCAUCUAAUCACAAUGGAGGAGAAAUUUUAUUUGGGGAUGAUGGAUAUCUCUAUAUAUUUAUCGGGGAUGGAGGAAUGGCUGGAGAUCCAUUUGGAAAGUUUGGUAAUGCUCAGAACAAAUCCACAUUAUUAGGCAAAGUAUUGCGCAUUGAUGUGAACCACAAUGACCACGGGCCUCUGUAUAGAAUCCCUUCAGACAACCCAUUUAUCAAUGAUCCAUCUGCUCGGCCUGAAAUCUAUGCAUACGGGGUGAGGAAUAUGUGGCGCUGCUCUUUUGAUAGGGGAGAUCCCCAGACAAAGGAAGGGAAAGGACGUCUUUUCUGUGGAGACGUAGGACAGAAUAAAUUUGAAGAAGUCGACAUAGUAGAGAAAGGAAAAAAUUAUGGCUGGAGGGCAAGGGAAGGAUUCAGCUGUUAUGAUAAGAAACUUUGUGCUAAUUCCUCUUUAGAUGAUGUUCUCCCAAUCUAUGCCUACCCACACAAACUGGGCAAAUCAGUCACUGGAGGCUAUGUCUACAGAGGAUGCCAAAACCCUAAUCUGAAUGGGAUGUAUAUAUUUGGAGACUUUAUGAGCGGUCGUCUGAUGGCUCUUAAGGAAAAGAAGGAAACUGGCGAGUGGCUGUACCAUGAGAUCUGUAUGGGAACUGGGCAGACUUGCAUUUUCCCUGGACUCAUUAAUAACUAUUACCAGUAUAUUAUCUCUUUUGCAGAGGAUGAGGCAGGUGAAUUAUAUUUCCUGUCCACGGGCGUGCCAAUUGCCACAUCUCCAUCUGGUGUUGUGUACAAGAUUGUUGAUACAUCAAGGAGAGCACCCCCUGGCAAAUGCCGCUUUCAUCACACUCCAGUAAAAGUAAAAAGUGAGAUAAUCGACUUGGUACCAAAAGAGAAGUUAAUCAUAAAAACUACACCCACUAAACGCUCUAAAAUAAAGUCUACAGCGAAACCAUCUGGAAGAACCAAAACCACAGCCCAGACUCCAGCUAGUUCUACUCCUGAUUGGAUUGAACAACUAUUAAAGCUUCUGCAAAGCCCUACUGAGAAAUCAAGAGUAAAGGUCCCUACAACAACUCGACCUGCCACAACUAAAGCUCCAAGGUCAAGAAAAGGUGGGAAAAGUAGUGAGAGGAGAGGGCACCGGAAGAAAACUAAAAAGCCUGGUAAUCCAGAAUCGAAACAAAUUUCAUCUGAAGUACAUAAUGGAGCAGUACGUUUGGUAAACAGUCUAAACAAGUCAGAUCGUGGGAGGGUUGAAAUCUUUGUAAAUGGAGAAUGGGGUACAGUUUGUGAUGAUCUGUGGAAUACCAAGACAGCAGCAGUGGUUUGUCGCCAGUUGGGAUUUCCUCAUGUCUUAAAAGCCAGCAAACAAGCAGAGUUUGGUAGUGCAAAUAAUCUACGGAUUCUUCUUGAUGAUGUUGAGUGCACUGGGAAGGAGAAGACCUUGCUUGAUUGCAAACACAAAGAAAUUGGAAAACAUAACUGUAACCAUCAAGAAGAUGCGGGAGUUAUAUGUAGCCAUAAAGAAAACUCUGAAACAUAAAAUUGAAGGGAUUAAGACCAUAAGUCUGAAGCAAAACAAUCUGGCAUAAUUUAUUUUAGGGAAAGCUUACAGGAUCAUCUUCUCUCCAGACCAAUGAGCAUGAUUUUGAAGAUAGCCUAUGUCUAUGAUAGGAGAAGGCAAACAACCACUCAUUUGUAGUUGAACUCCUUCUGCUAGUAUUCAACUGUUGGUAGUAGGGAGAAGUUAGUAGGUCCUGGUAAACAAAAUAUCAGUGUUCCAUAUGCACUUUGGUUUUAAUGGACCAGCUUUGAUACUCGGAUAUUCUUGUUCAAAGAUAGCAACAGGGAGGAAUUCUAUACGAUUCUAGAGAAUUGUAGUACCAAAAAUCUAAAGCGUUAAAAUUGGCUGCCACUAAUUCUGUAAAUAUACUAGAUUUCAUAAAGUUAGUAUUUUUAAAUGGAUUAAAACCGUUUAAUGACUGGUUGGUAAUAAAUAGUAUUGUUCAAAGAGUUAUUUUAAUGAAUUUGAUAUACUUUCUUACUAGUGUUAGGAAAACGUACUAGUAUUAAGAAAACUAAUUUCUUGAAAUUCAUCCCAUGGAAUGUUUUUUUAAUGUAUAAUAAAAUAUGUUUGACAGUGACAACAAAAAUCAUCUUGUUUCUAUGUUAUUAAAAAAUCUGCAUUGUU